GCUGCACCAGCAAGACAAGUUCAGGAGGAAACUACAACAGCAUCAGGCGCAAUAGAAAUCGACCAGUUGACCAUACACGAAGAGCAGCUGCACCACACCGAGCUGAACUUGAGCGGAAAAAAUAGCGCUCGUGGACAGACACCAUCGCCGCCUUCCACGACGACCCCUCCAGUGCCUACCUCUCCAGCAGCGCACUCCGAUGAAGAAAGCAGCUCAUCCAGAAAGAGAGCCCUACAAUCGGAUUUUCGAAUCCUGGAGGAAAUGUUGUCGAUUCUGAA